AUGUCAUCGGAAAAGUCAGGCCUUCCAGACUCAGUUCCCCACACUUCGCCGCCACCCUACAAUGCCCCCCAACCUCCGGCCGAGCCCCCCAUCCCGCCCCCACAAACGGCCCCCUCCUCGCACCAUCACCACCACCAUCACUACCACCAGUCUGGCACUGCCACCCUCCCGCGCUUAGGGGCAGGUGGGCUGGCCUCUGCCUCAGCUGGCGCUCAGCGUGGUCCUUCGUCCUCUGCCACGCUACCGCGGCCCCCCCACCAUGCCCCACCCGGUCCCGGCGCUGGGGCUCCUCCACCCGGCUGUGCUACCUUACCCCGCAUGCCACCCGACCCUUAUCUGCAGGAGACUCGCUUCGAGGGCCCACUUCCCCCACCGCCGCCGGCGGCCGCCGCCCCGCCCCCACCAGCACCAGCCCCGACGGCCCAAGCCCCGGGCUUUGUGGUGCCCACGCACACGGGGGCGGUGGGCACACUGCCGCUGGGGGGCUACGUGGCGCCCGGCUACCCGCUGCAGCUGCAGCCCUGCACUGCCUAUGUUCCAGUGUAUCCGGUGGGCACGCCCUACGCAGGCGGGACCCCUGGGGGGCCGGGAGUGACCUCCACUCUGCCCCCGCCGCCCCAGGCCCCAGGGCUGGCUCUGUUGGAGCCCAGGCGCCCGCCACACGACUACAUGCCCAUCGCUGUGUUGACCACCAUCUGCUGCUUCUGGCCUACAGGCAUCAUCGCCAUCUUCAAGGCCGUGCAGGUGCGCACGGCCUUGGCCCGCGGAGACAUGGUGUCCGCCGAGAUCGCUUCACGCGAGGCCCGGAACUUCUCCUUCAUCUCCCUGGCCGUGGGCAUCGCAGCCAUGGUGCUCUGUACUAUCCUCACGGUCGUCAUCAUCAUCGCCGCCCAGCACCACGAAAACUAUUGGGAUCCCUAAAACCACCCCCAUGUCGGCCCCACUCCGUGCCCCCCAACCUCCCAGGCGCGUCGUGCAGUCCGGCCGCCUAUCCAACGCGCGCCCUGCACAUCCUCCUGUGGCGCCGCUGGACUUCCAGAUAUCAUAAACUCCGCCCCCACGGAACCUCCGGCCCAGCGACUACGCUCCGAAUCCAGUUCCUCAGGAACCUCUCCAAAACCCACAUCCCCAGCGACACUGGAAUCCGUGCCAAACCCCGAGCCCCGAGACGCCCCAGUUUCCCACCCCAUCAAGUGCAAUGCGGGGGCGGAGCUCCCCUGGUCUCGGAUCCUCAGUAGGGAGUCAGGUCCUAGAAGCUCCGCCUCCUCUAUAGGCCCCGCCCCAACUCCCACAAACCCCGCCUCCAGGUCGGCAGGCUCCGCCUUCUUCCUUGUGGGGUAGUUCAGUCUGUUGAUUGGGUUUGUGAAUUCAGGCCCAGCCCGCAGACGGACGUACCCUUUCCCCCUACCCCUCGAAAAGGGCUCAGCCCUGGGAGAACUGCAACCCUACUCUGGCUCGGAUCUUUGCCAGUACGGAUUUUUUCCCUUCUCCAUCCGGGUCUCUUUGCCUAUUUUCUUGCUAAUUUCAGAACUCCCGUUUUUGUUGCUUUCGGAGUGAGAUGUGGGAAGUUUCCGGUUUAGUACCCCUCACCCUGGAAAAAGAACCAAGUUCCUGCAGUGUAAAUACUCUUUCUAUCUGUGCCAACCCCUGGGCAGCGGGGCAGAAGGGUUAAGGGAGGGAGCGCAUGCGCUCC